UGGCUGAUGGAGAGAUUAUUCCUAAGCCCUUCCCAUUCUCUCCCCCCUCGCCUGCCAGGACCACACUGACUGUCCCUCCGGGAGUCAGAGCGGAGUGAGAAAGCAGGGCAGGUUCUGCUAGCUCACUGAGCUGGGAAGCCAAGGCAGCCUGUCCCCUUCCAGAGGGGCACUUGCAGGUACCUUUUCGAGCCCAGGGCUUUCUGAGGCAAAGAAUGAAUGGACUUCUCCUCCCUGGAAGAGCAAAGGCAAAGCAGAGAGACUGAAAUUUAACUACCCCAAACCAGCUCUUCUCCCCCACCCCUUCCCUCUUCACUAUAUCCCUACAUGUCUAUUCCCUGGGAAAUGAGGAAUAUGCUGUCUUCUCAGGAAGGUGGCUGAGCACCUGGAAAUAUAUCCCCCCCACCUCAGGAUGACAAAGCCAUUCUGAUCCAGCCGCGGCGGCUCCCGGUAGACUCCCUCAGAGAUGCCUAUGCUUUCCAGAGGUGGGGGCGGCGAAGGUCAGCACUGCUACGCUUCCUGUAGCACUCUGGGCCCGGCCUCGCCCAGUCCAGUCCGGGCUUCUUCCGUCAAGGGACUUUAUUACCAAAGAGCCCGGAGAGUGGCCCAUCCAGACCAGUUCCUGACGGUGGAUCUUAAGAGGGAGAUCAUCGUCAACGUGGGUGGGAACAAGUACCUUCUGCCGUGGAGCACGCUGGACGAGUUCCCCCUGACGCGCCUGAGCAGGCUGAAAUUCUGCAGGAACCACGAGGAGAUCGCCCAGCUCUGCGACGACUACGAUGAAGACAGCCGGGAGUUUUUCUUCGACCGGAGCCCCAGCGCUUUCGGCAUGAUCGUCAGCUUCCUGGCAGCCGGCAAGCUCGUGCUCCUGCGGGACAUGUGCGCCUUGUCCUUUAACGAGGAGCUGAGGUACUGGGGGGUUGAGGAGUCCAACCUCGAGAAGUGCUGCCUGCGAAAGCUCCGGCAGAAGCUGGAGGAGCUGGCCGAGGUGCAGAAGGAAGAGGAGCUGCACCGACAGAAGGAGGCCGCGGCCGUCUGCCCGGAGGAGACUCGCUGGGGGCUCUUUAUGAGCCGCCUCAGGGACAUGGUGGAAAACCCGCAAUCCGGCCUGCCCGGGAAGGUGUUCGCCUGCCUCUCCGUGCUCUUCGUGGCGACGACGGCCAUAAGCCUCUGCGUCAGCACCAUGCCCGACCUGAGGGCGGAGGAGGACAGGGGUGAAUGUUCUCAGAAGUGCUAUUACAUUUUCAUCAUAGAGAGUAUCUGCGUUGCUUGGUUUUCCCUGGAGUUCUGCCUGCGGUUUAUCCAGGCCAAGAACAAAUGCCAGUUCUUCCAGGGCCCCCUGAACAUCAUUGACAUCAUGGCUAUUUUCCCCUACUACUUGUCACUCUUUGUGUCCGAUGAUCCCCAAGGAGAGAGGGAGAAGUCCAGCAGUAACAACUACUUAGAGAAGGUGGGCCUGGUGUUACGGAUCCUGCGGGCCUUGCGGAUCUUGUACGUGAUGCGGCUUGCCAGGCACUCCCUGGGCCUGCAGACUCUUGGUCUCACUGUGCGCCGAUGCACCCGGGAAUUUGGCCUUCUCUUGCUCUUCCUCUGCGUUGCCGUCACCCUCUUCUCCCCCUUAGUCUACGUGGCCGAGAACGAAUCGGGGAGGGUCCUCGAGUUUACCAGCAUCCCGGCAUCCUACUGGUGGGCUAUCAUUUCCAUGACUACUGUGGGAUAUGGGGACAUGGUGCCCCGGAGCGUCCCAGGACAAGUAGUUGCCCUGAGCAGCAUCCUGAGUGGGAUAUUGAUCAUGGCGUUCCCAGCUACGUCCAUCUUUCACACUUUCUCUCAUUCUUAUCUAGAACUGAAAAAGGAACAGGAGAGGCUUCAGGCCCGGCUCAGCCGCAUACAAAACACCAAUCCAUCCAGUGAGCAGGAGAUCCUUCAAGAAACGAACAACCUGCUCUGAGAAGAAAUGUUCUCGCCCAUCAAAUACCUCUGACUGUGAAAGAUGGGAAGGAAACCCCCAUGGAUGGAAGUGGGGAAGUGUUCCGGGUAGAAAAGGCCGUGGAGAUUAACUAGUCCAACAAAUUCCAUUUUACAGGUAGAAGUACACCUCAGAAAAGAAAUUUGCUCUGCCUGUGAUCACCCAGAAUGCUAGUGAGAGGUCCCCAGCAGGAGAACCUAGCUCUCUUGACUCUGAGCUCACUGCUGUUACAUGCAAAUUGCUGUUAGCUGAAGCUUACUUACUGUAGCUCUCUAGGAUUCUAGAGACCCCAUCCAAAGCUCAAUACCAGAGGCUCAGCUCUGAUCUGUGACCUUCUCAAAACUCCAUGGCUACAAAGAUGGGCUUGUCCUGCUCCAGACAUCUACCUGAAGCCCCUGCUGCCCCCCCCCCCGCCUCCAUGUGACAAACAGGUCAUGCUUUGAUGUAUUAAAUUGUGCCCAUUUUAUUUCCCUUUCUUGGGGCUUUCUUACCUUUCUGAGCCUCCUUUUGCUCACCUAUAAAAUGAGCAUAAUAAUACUAUGCUACCUGCCUUAGAGGGUUUUUUGUGGGCGGGAAUGCUUUGUAGACCUUAAGUGCUAUAAAAAUAUGAGUUAUUAUUUCCAAACCAGUCAUGGAGUUCCUAUGGGGUUGGGUGUCCUUGGUCCCUAAAAAAGGAGACCCAUGGAAAUCUAUGCUUACCUUAACCCUCCCUCUUAAGCCAUACCCCGAGUAAGAAUCUACAAGCAAGGUAACUCCCCAAUGGCUUUGGCUCACACUCUCACCCAGAGUUCUAGAGGUUCUAUCACAUCAAAUCAUAUGACAGGUAUUAGAUGCUUCUGCACCCAAUGGCAUCCUCCUAAAGCCUCUCU